AUGCCACCAUUUCCAGUUGAGAUUUUCGCUCGGGUGUUUCCCUUUGUCAGUGAUGAUCCGACAACUUGGUACAAUUUAGCCCAAACCAAUGGACAGUUGCACGGGAUUUCCAAGGCAUUGGGAGGUCCCUUCAAGUGGCCCGACACGUUGGUCAGCUGGGAAGACGACGAUGAUGAUCCCUCCGAGCAUUAUGUCCAUCAAGUCAAAUUCUCCCAAGAUGGACGUUACAUGGCCAUUAUGCUACGAGUCUACGAGAAUCCACAAGCCGUGCAGUAUCAUCGCGUGGUCCGUGUUUUGGACAUGCGAGAGAAAACCAACAACAACAUCUGCCAACCGAUUCAAGAUUUGCCCAUGGGACGGUCCACUCCCUUUACGGCCUAUUGUGGAAAUUACUUUGUCGCCUGUGAGCCAAGACGAGUACGAGUAUUCGAGCUGGACGCCCAAUUGAACUGCUACCAUCAAAUCCAAGAGUUGCCCAGCGUCGAUCGAAUUGUAGGAAUUCAGUGUUAUCAUGACGAGCAGCAGGAUCCUAAAAUUGCUCUGCAGACGGAAAAUGCCACCCACGGCGGACAGGCGCAAAAUGAUAAUGUGAAUGGAGCUACCUGCACUUUGACCGUUUGGGGGCUUUUGAAUGGCCAGUUCCAACGAGAGAUACCCUACCAUGGAUCGGCCAAUUUUUGUAUCUCCAAUGAUGACCGAGUCUUUGCCUGUAUCGACCGAGAGCAAGAUGGAAGACCCGUCACCGUAAUCUAUUUUGGUGGAAACGACGAUAGAAUCAGCAACAAUACACGGCAGCAUGACGACUAUCAUGGACAAGCCAGAACCUACACCAUGGACCUUCCCGGCAAUCCUCGGCGACAUUGGAUUGACACCUGCAAGUUUUCACCCGACGGACAACGAUUGGCCGUAUUGACGGAACUGUAUAUAUUUCAACUCGACACAUCGGUGGAGCCACCCGAAUGGAUCCAUGGCGCUGGAAUUGCACCCGAUGGAUGCACAUUUUCGGGACAGCUGCAGUAUUCUCCCGACUCGCAACGAAUCAUGGCCCACGCCAGAACUCCGUGGGACAAUGUGUACCGAAAUGACAAUCAUCAGGAGCAUCUCAAUACCAUUCAAGUUUGGGAUGCACCAUUGAUGCAAUUGCAGGCUACCAAAGGGUUUCAUGAUUUGGUGGGAAGUGUGGGAUUGAGUUCCGACGGAAAGUUUGUCAUUGUGAUUCAGGGAGAUGCUACGGAUGUCUUUCGUUCCGCCAUUGCACGCAUUGUGACACGGUAUGUGGCAGCCAUGGAAGAUUACAACCCGUAUCCAGAGUCUGGGGCCCACGACAUUGAUGACCUGCUGGUGGUAACAUAG